GAUGGGAAGAGAUUAGAGCUGCAGUCUGUGAAAGGAUACUCUGCAAACAACAAGCACACUCAGCCUGGGAAGACAGGAAAAGUGCACGUUUCAUGUAAGGAAUAUAUAAAACUAACUGGAAUAUGCAGUGGAUGUUAUCUUUCAGGAUAAUUGGCAACUUCUGACGGUGAGCACAGAUCUGAGAAGUAUCUGGAUGACUUUUGGUGAGACUUUCUGGCUUUCGAGAACAUACAUGAGUGGAUUGCGUAGGACAGAUGAACCAUAAAACGAUAAGCUUUUUAAAUACAUACAGUAGUUGCCGUUUGUUUUAUUCUUGGUUCAUCCCGUGUCCCAGAUACUGACCAUCUGGAGUACAUUAGAUGGCCUUCUGUGUAUUGAAGACAUUGCAUAUGUAAACUUUUGGCCCUUAUAUGAUUGAAGAGCAGAAGGCUUUUGUGUAUCUUCAGCGGUGCCAAUGCUGUAAUCUUGUACAAACCAAAAAAUGACCUGCGCAUCGUAUAUGGUUUUGAUCUCGCUCUUGGUACGGUCCUCGAUGGCCAUUUGCCCUCCAGGGUGCCUGUGCACUGUUGACAUACUGAGCUGUGGCUCGGUGGGUCUGGAUAGAUUUCCAAACCCGUUGCCAUUCACGACUUCUGUCCUGGACUUGAGUCAUAACAGAAUAACGUGGCUAGCAGCAGGCAGUUUAUACGGACUCCGACGGCUUCACACUUUGCAUAUGUCCCAUAACCACAUCUCAUUGCUCAGCCCUGGAGCUUUCCAUAACAUCAGCAGUCUACGGUACCUGGACCUUUCUUCCAACAAACUCCAGGUCGUGGGAAAGCACCACUUUCAAGGCCUGGUGGAAUUGGAGGUGUUGUUGCUGUACAACAACCGGAUUACCCGCGUGGAGAGCAACACCCUUGUGGGACUCAGCAAUCUCAGGAAGGUUUAUUUCAGCCUCAACCAGCUGACCGACUUUCCUUUCUUCACAGUGCGCAAGCACAGUCAUCCCAACCUGGUUACCUUGGACCUGUCCUCCAACCGCCUGUUUCGCUUGCCAAUGGAUGACAUUGUAUUAUUGCCCGUGGUGGUUCAAAAAGGUCUGUAUCUGCAGAACAACAGCCUGGAGUGCGAUUGUUCCAUAUAUCGCUUGUUCUGGCACUGGGAUCAAAAGGGAUAUGCGAGUGUUAGAGACUACAAAGAGGACUAUAAGUGUUUAACGCAGGGCGAGCCCCCGAUUUCAAUUCAUUUGCUCCGCACCCCUUACUUCUUCGAGAACUGUACGGUGGGAAAGAUCAUAUCUCUUUUAUCGCCCAAAGCUGAUAAAGUCGUAUACAAGGGAGAACAAGUCAAACUGGACUGUACUGGGACUCUGAAUGAAGAAGAAGUGUCCUACAGUUGGACCAUCCCUCAUCAGGAGAACAUCAGUGUGCUGAUCAACAAUGGAACGCUACGUUUAAAUCAAGAUGGUAGCCUGGAUAUUCUUGCAGUACAGUAUACAGAUUCAGGAGUAUAUCGAUGUACCGCUGUGGAUAAUAUUAAGAUGGUCAAUGAAUCACGAGAAGUGAACCUAACUGUGCUUGCCCAGCGCUCCACGGAGGAAUCGUUCAACACGGGCUACACCACAUUGGUGGGCUGUGCCGUGACCCUUGUGCUGAUACUGAUGUAUUUGUAUUUAACCCCAUGUCGAUGUGCUUGCUGUAAACCCCCUCCUCCCUCACCAGAGACUUUUAGGGAAGACCCUUGCACUCUAGCCUCGAUCUUUACAGCUCCUUCAACUGCAGACGGACUGAAGGCAAAGUCUCAGGCGGACAGGCAUGUGGCGUUUCUUGAGCCGCUCAUUGCAGGGGGAAACGGCCAUUCGAAAGCUGCAUUUGUUGUCGAACAUCCUAUAGUUCAAUGGGAUAUGGAGAACUUGACCGUUAUUAAAGACAGAAAUGACUCUGAGUAACAAAUCUGUGGCCCAAAAAAAAAAAUUAUGUUACACGUUACAUAGUCUGUGAACUAUGUAGUACUGAAUUGUGGAGUUGCAUCCAUUCAAGUUGUAUAGGUAUUUGAAAGUUAAGAGAGACGGCAGCUUUCCUGCGAGUGGGCAUGGUUUCAGCGCUGACAGUGGACACUCCCCCACCGUUUGAGAGCAGAGAAUUCUGCCUAUUUUUUCAAGAUUUAAUAACUUUUAUCAGACUUCAAAUCUUUAAAAGCUUGUUUCGAAUCAUGGUCAUAUUUCCUUAAUAAAUUGUUAUUUUGAUCCUCAGAA